AUGAUUGAAGCCAUGCCCAUCGUGUCUACAGGCACAGGGCUGCAUGAGACCCUGGCCCUGCUCACCUCUCAGCUCCACCCGGGCGCCAAACACAGAGAUGACCUCCACUUCCUCAAAGACGUCUUCAGUGAGAAGAGCCUCGGUUACCUCAUGACGAUCCAUGAAAAACUGAAGCUGUACGCCAAACAGAACCCCACUCCAGUGCUGCACAGCGCCUCCUGUCUGGCAGAGGACCUGGCUGAGGAGCUGCAGAACGGCCCCCUGGAGGAGGACGAGCGGGAGCUGCUUCUCCUGCUGAGCACGCCUCACCUCAAGGCUGUGCUGUCAGCUCACGACACGGUGGCCCAGAAGAACUUUGACCCGGUGCUGCCGCCGCUGCCGGAGGAUCUGGAUGACGACCUGGACGAGGAGUCGGUGAAGAUCGUCCGGCUGGUGAAGAACAAGGAGCCUCUGGGAGCGACGAUUCGGAGAGACGACGCGACGGGCGCCGUGAUCGUGGCCAGAAUCAUGAGGGGGGGAGCAGCCGACCGCAGCGGUCUGGUGCACGUCGGGGACGAGCUGCGCGAGGUCAACGGGAACCUGAUCACCCACAAGAGGCCGGAUGAAAUAAGUCAGAUUCUGUCGCAGUCACAAGGCUCCAUCACGCUCAAAAUCAUCCCAGCUGUUGCAGAGGAAGACGAACUGAGGGAAAGCAGGGUCUACCUCCGGGCUCUGUUUGACUACACUCCCUUCGAGGACAGGGCCACACCGUGUCAAGAGGCAGGACUUCCUUUUCAGAGGGGAGACAUUCUUCAGGUGGUGAGCCACGAGGACGCCACCUGGUGGCAGGCCAAGAGAGUGGGUGACUGUAACCUGCGUGCCGCCCUCAUCCCCUCCUCACAGUUCCAGGAGAGGCGUCUCAGAUACAGAAUGAAAAUGGGUUCCUUUCCGUCUCCUGUGUCCCUGAAACCGUCGACAUAUGAUCGUGGCUGCUGGGAAGAAGACUGUGGCAGUGAGGGUUCCCUGAAUGGAAAGGACACAGUCUCUCCCAAGAGUAAGGCCGCCCCUGCCUUCUGUGGCCAGGCUUUCUCAUGGGAUUUUUACUCAGCCAGUCUGCGGAGGAGCCUCCGUCGCCGGAGAGAGCGUCACGGAUCCGCGAGUGAAGCUCACACUCCAGAUGCCAUUCACACCGAUUUCCUGAUUUAUGAAGAAGUGACACAAUACCUGCCCCGCCCCGGUGACAGGCCGCGCCUUAUAGUACUGAUAGGUUCUCUGGGAGCUCGGCUCUCCGAACUCAAACAGAAGGUGAUAGCUGAGAACCCUCGACGCUACGGUUUGGCCGUGCCCCACACCACUCGAGCCAGGAAGAGUCACGAGAGAGAAGGAGUGGAGUACCACUUCAAUUCGAAAGCAGCGUUCGAGGCCGACAUCCAGAACGGCAAAUUUAUUGAAUACGGGGAGUACAAAGAUAACUUGUACGGCACCAGUUUGGAAUCCAUCCAUAGAGUUUUGGAUCAAAACAAAGUCGGUCUGGUGGACGUGCAACCAGAGGCACUGAAGACUCUCCGUGCUGCUGACUUCAAACCUUACGUCAUCUUUGUUCGACCUCGCGUCCACGACAGUCAAAGGAAACCGCUCGGCUCCUGUUCCUCCCUCAGCUUGGGCGACGAUAAACAGGAAAUCAAGCAGUCGGCGGAGGAGAUGGAAGAGAGCUACGGCCAUUGGAUGGACUAUGUUUUGGUGAAAGAGGACCCGGUCAGUGCCUUAGCAGAGCUCCAGGUCGUACUGGAGCGGGUGCAGAUGGAGCCUCAGUGGGUGCCUGUGUCCUGGGUCAGGAGCUAG